GUUCUCUCAGCAACUGUCGGAUCAUGUUUGUGGAUGAAGUUUUCAAGAUUGAGCGUCCGGGAGAGGGGGCCCCCAUGGUUGAAAACCCAGUGAAAAGGAAGAACAAGCCCUUCUGCGAUAAAUGCAAGGAUAACCCCAGCAAGCCCUGCCAUGAGUGUUCCUGCAGCCUGUGUGGGAGCAAGCAGGAUCCCGACAAGCAGCUCAUGUGUGAUGAUUGCGACCACGCCUUUCACUUAUACUGCCUCAACCCGCCUCUCACCAGUGUUCCCACGGAGACCGAAUGGUUCUGCCCUAAAUGUCGAAAUGACGCCAGCGAGGUGGUGUUGGCAGGGGAGAAGCUGAAAGAGAGUAAGAAGAAGUCGAAAAUGGCAUCGGCCACAUCGUCCUCACAGCGGGACUGGGGCAAGUUAAUUGGAGAUCUGGGCUUACCAGAGGAGAGUGAAUACUAA